AUAGUCGUUGAAAGACAGAACAAGCUGAAACAAUUCAUACUCAUAUUCAAAAUACGCCUAGACCUCAGUAUACCGAACGAAAAUAUUAGAUUUGUACAAUUUCUUAAAAUGCUCAAUGUUACGAAACAGGAAGUACAAACAUGAAGCAAGGUCUAAUUGUUUUAAUCCCUAAACCUGGCAUGGAUAAAAUAAUUCGCAAUAAUUUGAGACCAAUUACUUUACUCAAUACAGAUUAUAAAAUUUAAAAAAAUAAAAAAUAAAAUCACCAUUGCCGGAAGUCACGCUGCGAUCACACCGCUUUUAUUGUGAAAGAUAACGGAAGUUUAUUCAAACACUCCAACACAGCUGUAGGCUGCCACUCAAUCCAAAACAAAUACAAUAUAUCGCAUCGUAUGUCACUGGGGAAUGCACUUUGCAACACACACUUGAACUCAAAGUCUCCGAUUUAAUUUCAUCUACUAACCUUACGUUUGUAAGGCUUCACACCGCGCGUGCGCAUUAACCCGAGCCUGCGCUGUUUUCUGUUGGAGGUAUUAGGAAGUUGCUUUACUGGAAGAAGAAGAAGAAGAAAGAAAAAAAAAAUCGGCAUUUGCUGCUGGAGCGGAGCGCAAACGUGCAGACACGGCGACCAAAGCAGAAGAACUCACGGACGCGCAUGAAUGCGCGUUUUGCAAGCCACGCGUGACGUCUUCCACUCCUCGGCAGAAGCUGCUGUGGUUUCUGAAUGACUGUCUCCUUCUGCCAAGUCCACGUAUUGAAAUGAUCUGUUUUUGUGAUGGCGAAGGGGCUGUUUCCACGGGCCUGGGUGAAGAAGUCCUUCUAUUUCCAGGCCCGCAUCUCCUUUGUCAGGGUGAAGUACCUGUUCCUCACCUGGCUGACGGUGCUGGUGGGGAGCUGGGUGCUCUACGUGCAAUACUCGGCCUACACGGAGCUGUGCAGAGGACACCAGUGCAGAACCGCCAUUUGUGACCAGUACAAGAAGGGCAUCAUCGACGGGCCGGCCUGCAGCAGCCUGUGUGACAAGGAGACCUUCUACCUGAGCAGGUGUCUCUCCAGCCUGCCCAGCGAGCAGGUGUACGCCGGAAGCUGGGGAGACCGCCAAGGAAUCAUUCGCUGUCAUGUGGGCCAAGUGGGACACGACGAGAUGGGCGAGGAGCCGGAGCCCCGCAGGGAGGCCCCCGUGUUCGAUACCCCCACCAGAGGCACGUCGGUGGAGAAGUUCAGAGAGAUGGUCUUUAAUCACCUCAAGUCCAAACUAGGAGAGCAGAACAACCUGGUGGGUCUGGUCAGUGUGAUCCUGUCUGUCGCCGACGGCAACAGGGAUGGAAAAGUGUCGCUGCCAGAAGCUCGCUCCAUGUGGGCCCUCCUGCACAUGGAUCAGGUGCUUCUUGGCCUUCUGCUUCAGGAACGUGGACACACUCCUCGUCUUCUGGGCUACUGCGGCGACCUCUACAUGACGGAACGCGUCCCACACAGCCCCCUGUACGGUGUCUCUUGGCCGCCGGCGUCCUGGAUGCCCGCUGGCCUGCGGCGUACCAUGGACCAGUGGUUCACCCCCUCGUGGCCCCGCAAAGCCAAGAUCUCCAUGGGCCUGCUGGAGCUGGUGGAGGACAUCUUCCACGGCACAUACGGCAGCUUCCUCAUCUGCGACCUGGCGGCGGCGCGCUUUGGCUACACCGACGGCCACGAGCUGCGUCUCACCGACCCCCGGACCGUCGUGCCCGAGAGCCAGUUCCGGCGCAGCAUGCGGGCGCUCAGGUGCGACACGGACGCCGACUGCGUGUACGGUACGGACUGCCGGACCACGUGUGACACGGCGAGCAAACGUUGCAGGGAGGAGCCGGUGCGGCCCAAUUUGGCCAAAGCCUGCGGCGUGCUGAAGGACUACCUCCUGAAGGGGGCGCCGUCCGCGCUGAGGGAGGAGCUGGAGAGGCAACUGCACGCCUGCAUGGCCCUCAAGGGGAGCGCCGGACAAAUGAACAUGGAGCACUCGCUGCUUCUCAACAACCUGAAGGCUCUGCUGUGGAGACAAAUAUCCCACACAAAGGACUCGUGAGCAGGACGAUGAGGAGGAACGUUCAAUUUCUGCUAAAUAUCGGGACAUGGCUCUCAGUCCUGUUAUAAUAAUUCAUACGCUAACUAAAAGGCUGCCUUUAGUCGGACUGAGAGUACACAACGUAGAUCAGGGCUCUCAAACUAGAUCUACCCGGGGACUGCUAAGGUCUAGUCGCUGUAGACUUUCAUGGAACCAUUUUACAUUUAGGCACUUUUGAGUUCCUGAUGAGAUGGUCACUUCUGCUUGCUUACAGAACGCUGCCCAAAGUCCUUUCUCUAUCUGCAUCGUUUUUGGAGUUCGUGUUCUUUCCUGCUGGAUUGAAGAUUGCCAGAGGCAAUUUAACUAAGGGUGCAUCGGCUGCAGUUACACUGAACUGUGAAGUUAGGUGGGGGGCUUUGAAACCAUAUGGGCCUGCAAACUGUGGAUAAAAAUGGGCCUGCACACCGCAAAUAAAUGUGAGCCACAAGUA